AUGCGGGGCAGCGGCUUGAGUAUCGAGCGCUUCAUCAAGGGCAAGGCGCAGCGGUCUAAGAGCGAUGCCAAAAGUAGGAAGAAGGCUAUCAUUCACAAGGCUCAGCGCCGGCGCCAGUACGAGAAGGAGAAGAAGCGCGAGGAGAAAGCGGCUGGAGGAGAUGGAGACGCUGGUGCUGGGACGUCGUUCUAUGACCGCUUUUUUAGUGAGUUAAAAAGUGGCAAAGUGGAUGAGGACGCAGAAGAGGUGGAGGCGCGCGUCGAUAGAAAGCAGGAAAGAGAAGAGAGGAAGCACGUGGUGAAACCUGAUCCGUUUUUUAAGGCUAAGAAGAAAGCAGCUAUUACAAAAAUGGAGAAGCAACGGACUCGCGAGGAGAAACAGAAACGGAUCGCGACUGCGGAGAAGAAGGUGACGCAGCGCAAGAAACGCCAUGUGAAACUGAGUCAGCGUACGGCAACGGGUCAACCUGUCGUGAAGAACCACAUCAACGAUAUUUUGUCGCGAUUGCAGGCGGAGAAGAAGAGGGAAGGCAAGUAA